AGAUACAGUGAAUACAUAUGUAGAAGUACACUUAAGGAAAAGAAGUACACUUUAACAGAAAAACAUGGCCGGUGGAGAAACCCGCAUAAUAUUAGGUUUACUGGGAUUCUCCAUAAUCCUGCUUGUCUAUUUAAACACCAGAAGUGAACCACUGACACAUAACAAACGUGCAGUUAUUGAAUGUCUCGACUCGUCUUUGGUUUGUGGGCCAAAUGCAUAUUGUUACAAUAACAGUGGAAACUACUCCUGCUCUUGUUGGAGUGGAUAUAAUGUUACAAGGAUGAAUGAAUCUGUCAACAACAGUAACCCAUGCACUGAUGUGGAUGAAUGUCAGCGGAUUCCAUCUGUUUGUGGUCCAAACUCCAUCUGCACAAAUAUAAAUGGAAGUUACAGUUGCUCAUGUUUAGAAGGGUUUAUUGCACCAUAUCUCAACAUCGGCAUCAAUAACACAUGCAUAGAUGUGGAUGAAUGUCAGGUGAAUCCAUCUGUUUGUGGGCCAAAUUCCAACUGCACAAAUGUAAAUGGAGGUUACAAUUGCUCGUGUUUGAAAGGGUUUAAUGCAACAUCCCCAAAUCUGAAAAUCAGUAUCAAUAACACAUGCACAGAUGUGGAUGAAUGUCAGCUGUAUCCACCUGUUUGUGGUCCAAACUCCAUCUGCACAAAUGUAAAUGGAAGUUACAGUUGCUCAUGUUUAGAAGGGUUUAUUGCACCAUAUCUCAACAUCGGCAUCAAUAACACAUGCACAGAUGUAGAUGAAUGUCAGGUGAUUCCAUCUGUUUGUGGGCCAAAUUCCAACUGCACAAAUGUAAAUGGAAGUUAUAAUUGCUCGUGUUUAAAAGGAUUUAAUGCAACAUUCCCACAUCUGAAAAUCAGCAUCAAUAACACAUGCACAGAUGUGGAUGAAUGUCAGCUGAUUCCUUCUGUUUGUGGUCCAAAUGCCACCUGCACAAAUGUAAAUGGAAGUUACAGUUGCUCAUGUAUGGAUGGAUUUAAGGCAACAUUACCGUAUCUCCCCAUCAGCAUCAAUAACACAUGCACAGAUGUGGAUGAAUGUCAGCUGAUUCCAUCUGUUUGUGGGCCAAAUUCCAACUGCACAAAUGUAAAUGGAAGUUAUAAUUGCUCAUGUUUAAGAGGAUUUAAUGCAACAUUCCCACAUCUCAAAAUCAGCAUCAAUAACACAUGCACAGAUGUGGAUGAAUGUCAGCUGAAUCCAUCUGUCUGUGGGCCAAAUUCCAACUGCACAAAUGUAAAUGGAAGUUAUAAUUGCUCGUGUUUAAAAGGAUUUAAUGCAACAUUACUAAAUCUCCCCAUCGGCAUCAAUAACACAUGCACAGAUGUGGAUGAAUGUCAGCUGAAUCCAUCUGUCUGUGGGCCAAAUUCCAACUGCUCAAAUGUAAAUGGAAGUUAUAAUUGUUCGUGUUUGGAUGGAUUUAAUGCAACGUUACUAAAUCUCCCCAUCGGCAUCAAUAACACAUGCACAGAUAUCAAUAAAUGUCUCAACUCGUCUUUAGUUUGUGGGUCAAAUGCAUAUUGUUACAACAACGGUAGAAACUACUCGUGCUCUUGUUGGAGUGGAUAUAAUGUUACAAGGAAAAAUGAACCCGUUAGCAGCAGUAACCCAUGUACUGAUGUGGAUGAAUGUCAGGUGAAUCCAUCUGUUUGUGGACCAAAUUCAAACUGCACAAAUGUAAAUGGAGGUUACAAUUGCUCAUGUUUGAAUGGAUUUAAUGCAACGUUACUUAAUCUCCCCAUCAGCAUCAAUAACACAUGCACAAAUAUCAAUAAAUGUCUCAACUCGUCUUUGGUUUGUGGGCCAAAUGCAUAUUGCUACAAUAACUACUCGUGCUCUUGUUUGAGUGGAUACAAUGUUGCAAGGAAGAAUGAACUUGUUAGUAGCAGUAACCCAUGUACUGAUGUGAAUGAAUGUCAGCUGAAUCCAUUUGUUUGUGGGCCAAAUUCCAACUGCACAAAUGUAAAUGGAGGUUACAAUUGCUCAUGUUUGCAUGGAUUUAAUGCAACAUUCCCACAUCUUACCAUUGGCAUCAAUAACACAUGCACAGGCUUAAACGGAACAGCGGCACCACCAACAACAACAACAACACAAUCAGUAAUUAAAAUGUCAAUGUCAAUGACAAUAGUUCAAGUUUUUGAUACCAGUCUUGCCAGUGAUACUGAAGAGAGGAGAGCUCUUUUAAAUAUAAUUCAACCAAUGAUUGACCAAAGUUACAAAACUGUACCUGACUACAUUCCUGGUUCCGCAAAAGUCAAUAAUUUCAGGUCUGGUAGCAUUAUAGUAGACUACACAAUUACUGCAACAUCUAGCAGCCCUGAUUUUACUUCUGCAAACACACAACUUGCCAACGGUCUAAAGCAGGCAGGACUCCCUGUGGAUCCCAAUUCUUUUGCUGAAAGUGUGCCAGCACUCCUCUCCAACACUACAAAUAAAAUAUAUCCAAUGCAAAGGCUGGAUCUGAGAUGUACACGCCCAGCGUCUGUUGCGGGAGCAAUAACAUGGACCGUAAAUAAGAUUAAUCCUGCACUAGAUCCUAUGAGAUAUUCAAUUAUUGAAAGUAACACAGGUAGCACUCUCACUGUGAAGAACGCAAGUGAAAGUGACAGUGGUAGAUACUCAUGCACCAUAAAUAGGAACACUAUACCUUACAUACAGUGGCAAGACAUUGUUAUUGAACAACGUCCCAGAAUUGAAGUUGACGCUGAUCGAGUAUUUGAGUGCAAGGAUCAGAUUGUCCGAAUUAAAUGUUGUGCUGCGCUCUACAGUAUUGAGUGGGAACGGAUUCCUGAUGGUGAUCAAUUGGAAAAUUCAGAACCUAACUGCAUCAUAUUACACCAUAAGCUCCUGAAAACAAAUUGUGGGAGUGUGGAAACCUUUACAUGUCAACUCAAAGACCUGAAAGAGCUACAAGGUUACAGUUACAGCAGGAAAAGCGUCACCAUUCAAACAAGUGACAAAAGAAUUGACUGUACAAAUGAAACACUUGGAAUUGGACAAAUAGGUGAUAAAGUAAAUGGACCGUGUGAAAAUGGCAAGAUAGGCUUCAUAACUUAUCAAUGUCAAUCAGGUGGCUGGAGGAAGAUACAGAUCGAAUGUGUACUUCCUAUUCUUGCAUCCCUUCAAAGUGAAGUUCAGGUAUUGACUGAGGAAAAAAUUCCCGGGUUUAUGGCAAGCCUCAGUAACGCUACUGUGCAGAACAGCAUCGAGAUAUCACAGUCUGCCUCGGAUGUCAAAGCAAUUGUUGAUAUGCUCCUCCAAAUAACUUACAUUUCACCAAACAUGACCAUUGAUAAGACUGUGAUGAACACAUAUCUUAAAACAGUGGAUGUUAUUGUAUCAGAUCAAACUAAUAACACAUGGGCAGAAUUAAACAAUGGCAACACAACAUCAAAUACCAGCACUGCACUUUUGUUUGCUAUUGAGGUCACAAGCAAUCGUCUGUCAGAUGUGAAUUUUGCUUUAAAUGAAUCCUCCAUUCAGCUGGAAAGAACCUUAAUACGCAACUCAUUCAAUUCAACUUCACAACAGUCAAACUCAACUACGCAGAUCAUGUUUUCAAACGUUCCUGAACCGACCUUCGUAACUCUUAUAUUCUUCUCAAAUCUUGACAAUGUUCUACCAACUCGUAAUACUUCUAAAAAUGACACCGGUACAUUCGAAAACCAGAUCAAUGGCGACGUGGUUGUGAUAAAGGUUAACCAAACAGUUAAUAAUAUUUCUCUAACUUUUGACAUUACAAAUGAGCAACUGGGAAAUCCUCAAUGUGUCUUUUGGAACUUUAAUCUGGAUCGAUGGGAUUCCAAUGGAUGUAAAGUCAAGCACUCAGGGAAUGGCAAAGUUACAUGUGAAUGCAACCACACAACCUCUUUUUCAAUCCUCAUGUCACCAUUUUUUAUGAAUGAUAAAGCGUUGGCCUAUAUCACAUACAUUGGUGUAGCUAUUUCAAUGGCCAGCUUGGUUUUAUGUGUCAUUAUUGAGAUAAUCGUAUGGAAGUCAGUGACAGGAAAUGACACGGCGUACAUGCGUCAUGUCUUUGUAGUUAACAUCGCUGUGUCGCUGCUGAUCGCAGACAUCUGGUUUAUCAUCGGAGCUGCAAUUGCUAAACCAGGAGAGUCUACACCGGUGAAUCCCUGCAGUGCAGUGGUUUUCUUCAUUCACUUUUUUUACCUGGCUCUUUUCUUCUGGAUGUUAACUUCAGCCCUUUUGCUCCUUUACCGCACUGCCAUGGUCUUUUCUCAAAUGUCAAGGGCUAAAAUGAUGGGCAUUGCAUUCACUGUUGGUUAUUGUGCACCUUUGCUCAUAGCGGUUAUUACCGUCGCAUCCACAGCUGGAGCUGGUAGAUAUAUUUCGCUGAGCGAUGUAUGUUGGCUGAACUGGUCUGAAUCUAAGGCCCUGCUGGCAUUUGUGAUUCCAGCUCUGACCAUUGUUGCCUUUAACCUCCUGGUUUUGAUUGUGGUUUUAUAUAAAAUAGUUAGGAGAAAUGUCAAUGCUGCAACUCAAACAGAUGAGAAACACACCCUUGUUGUCAUUGUCCGAUGUGUGGCCUUUCUGACUCCUAUUUUUGGACUAACAUGGGGAUUUGGAGUGGGAACCAUGGUGUCAAAUGUGUAUGGCCUUCAUGUGGUGUUUGCCAUCCUCAAUUCAUUUCAGGGUUUCUUUGUUUUAGUGUUUGGAACACUUCUGGACAGCAAGGUCCGACAGUCACUGGCAGGAAAGUUGAAGCUAAAACUUAAUUCUGACCGUACCAAGAGCACUACUUCUACAGGACCAUCUUCUUCAGUCGAACUGGGUUUCUUUGGAAGGAUGCGGCGUAAACAUGUUUACCACGUAUCUGAUCCCAACCAUUUCUCAAGACCAUCAUCAAACAAGACAGGAGUCUCAUCAAGUUAAUAAACUAUAUCCAACUGUAUGUUCUGUUACUGAUUUUGGCUUACAAAAGUUUCUCUGUUCAAAAAAAAUUGCUUUAAUCGUUCCCCGCCAUUGACGAGUUAUCUCGUCAAUUAAGAGAAAAAAUUUGCAUUAAAAAAUAACGUGCUCUUUAUGAGGUUUCAUGGUUAUCUGUAAUACCGCGAUUAUCCAUAAGAUUACCCAAUUUGUUAAAAAAAAACUGAAGCAAAAAAGUAUUUAUUAAUUUUAUACUCUUUGUAUGUUUUGAUAAUCGUUUUGAAUCUGAUCUCUAACAAAUUCCUUCACAAAAAUGCAAUUAUGUCAGCUUUUUGCUACAACAAAUAUGGUAACACUUUAUUUUACAGUGUCUUUGUUACACGUUACAUGUAAUUAUUAUAGUAAUAACAGUUAAUUAUGCAUAAUUACAUAAAACUAAUCCUAAACCAAACCCUACAUAAGUACAUGUUGUUGGUGAUUAUUACUUAGUACUUAAAUAUAUAAUUACAUGUAACAGUGACGCCUUACAAUAAAGUGUAACCAAAAAUAUGCAUAUUUAAGAGUUUAUAAGCAGAGAAAUGAUAUAGAUAGGAUGAAACGUUUUUUUUUUUCCCGUUUUGUUUCUUUGUUUGUUUGUUUAUUGUUUGUUUGAAAGCAAAGGGUUUGUUCUUUCAUUUGAUAUAUUUGUAUGUUUAUAUAUUUUUAGAAGAAAAUUUUCCUGAAAAGCAUUUUGUGGAACUUUUGUGAAAAUCACAAAAAAAUGCUGGCGGGCAACUUUUUAAAAAAGGCUGGCGGGGAAUGAGUUGAAAAUUGGUGGUAUGUUUUACUGCAUCUACAGUAUGAUACUUGAAUAAACUAUACACUGUAAAAAAAUAGCUGUAAUUAUGCAGUUGGUUGCCAGUAACUUACUGUAGAAAAUAAAGACUGAAUAUGUUUCAUGUUCAUUUAACUUUGAACAAACUGUUGCCAGUAAAUAACAUAAAUGUAAAAUCUACAGUAAGUUACUGGCAGCUGGUUGCCAGUAAUAACCAGUGAUACUGUAAUUUCCACAGAAUUUUUUUACAGUGUAUUCAUUGUGUUUUGUUAAAAUCAUUACCCAUUUUGUUGUCCAUCUUAUUUUUUUCUUUUGUUCUAAAAAGUUCAAAUACAGUUUAAUAUAUAAUAAAGUUAUAAAGUUCUGCAUGUUAAUGUUAUCACUUUACAAUUAAUGUCAUGUCUCUUCAUAUUAACCUAAUUGUAUAACAAUAGUUUAAAACGGUCUUAAAACAGCCAUUUAUAGAUCUGUAUACUGUGUAGAAGACCUGUCAGUCUGCUUGAGGAAAUAUCAACAUAGGCUACAUAAGUACCGAGUGUUUUUUUUUUUUUUUUUACAUAUGUUGU